AUGCUAUGUGAGUUUGCAAAGUUAGCUCCUGUUCAACUUUUAGAAGAGACUGAAAAGGCCAUUGGUGAUCCUCAACUUCUUAUUCAACACCAUGCGCUUGUUGAAAAAAGUCGUAAACUAAAGAAUAUUGAAGUGGCUGUUAAGAUGAAUGGAGAAACCCUUGAUCAAGAGAAGGCCCUUAAUUCUGAACUUGAAAAGGAUGUAGAGCGUGUCUGCCAAGGAGAAGAACUACUGUCAAAGGUUGAGUGCAUGAAAAGGAAAUUGCAAUUGCUGAAGUAUGAUAUGAAAAAGGCUGAAUACAUGGAAGCUAAAGAGCUGGAAAAGGAUGCUAAAAUUAAGUUGGAUGAAGCUAUAAAAACUUUGAAAGAUCUCAAAGAACCUAUUGAAAAACAAAAGCAGGAGAAAUCCUUGCUGGAUUCUAAAUGUAAAAAAGUCACCAAUCUCCUACAGGACAAUGCUAAGCAACGUAUGGAACUUCAGGAGAAGGAAAAUCAUUUGGGUUUGCAAUUAGAGGGAAAAUACAGUGAAAUGGAAGAUUUGAAGAGGCAAGAAGAAUUCUGUCAACAGAGAAUCCUAAAAGCUAAGGAGGAACUUGCUGCUGCUGAAAUUGAACUUCAAAACCUGCCUAAUUAUGACUCUCCAAGAGACGUACUUGAAAGAUUAGGUUCUCAGAUUACGGAGCUACAAAUUUCUGCCAAUCAAAAGAGGAUACAGAAGUCUGAGAAGGAGAAGCUUCUAAAUCAAAGGACAAUGGCACUGAGGCAGUGCUUAGAUAGGCUGAAGGAUAUAGAGAGUACAAAAUAUAAACUUUUACAGGCAUUAAGAAACUCUGGAAGUGCAGGAAUAAUCGAUGCUUAUCAGUGGUUGCAACAACAUAAAAAUGAGUUGAAGGAGGUGUAUGUUCCUGUGUUGCUUGAGGUUAAUGUUCCGGAUGAGGUGUACGCAGACUACUUAGAAGGUCAAGUACCAUAUUAUAUUUGGAAGUCUUUUAUAACUCAAGGUCCUAUUGAUCGAGACUUUUUGGUCAGAAACUUGAAGUCAUUUGAUGUUCCAAUUUUAAACUAUGUGAGGGAUGAACACCAUCUUAAGGAUCCCUUUCAAGUUUCUGAGAAGAUGCAUGAGCUUGGCAUCUAUACCCGACUUGACCAAGUUUUUGAUGCUCCUGAUGCUGUCAAGGAGGUUUUGAUCAGCCAAUGUGGUCUGGACAGAUCAUAUAUUGGGUCGAAGGAAACUGAUAAGAAGGCUGAUGAUGUAGCAAAGUUGAAUAUUUUUUAUUUCUGGACUCCAGAGAACUACUAUCGUUGGUCUUCCUCUAGAUAUGGUGGUCAUUUAUCUGCAAGCGUUGAAUCUGUUCAGAUGUUGGAGAAAUUGAUAAGCAGAGGUGUAGGAAAGAGGAACUAGAAAAAUCUGAUAAUGCUUUAGAAGAAAGUUUUAAAUUGCUACUGAUGGAGCAAAGGCACUUAGAGAAUGAAGGAGCUGAUCUUCAAAAACAAAGGGAGGAGCUUAUCAGUGUUGCACAAAAUAAAAAGAGAACACGGCGUGAAUUGGAGAACCGA